UCUAAUUGUAUAAGUUUUGUGUAUUUCUAAAAACUACGUUUUCUGUCAAUCAAUUAAUCGCAUAUUUAUUUGCGACACCAUAUUUGAUCGAUAGUGCCAUCAUUGGUUUUGCAACCCUAAUACUGCACUCAAAUUUGUUUAUAUUUUGCAAAAACUGCAUUAAUGGCCAACCUACAGUUAACUCAGGAAAAACUCGAUGCACUGCGCUCAGAGUACAGACCGCGCAGACCGUGCGCCCUUCUGAAGUACCCGAGACCGAAAACAAAACCGGAAUACCAAGCGAUAUAUCCAUGGCUGCUGCCGGACGAGACGGAUCCACACUUUGUGUUCUGCGCGGUGUGCGAGUGCCGCCUCAGUUGCAAGCGCUCCGAUCUGGGCAAGCACGAGGGCAGCAUCAAGCACUCGGAGAACGCGACCCGCAAGUCCCUGGUGCAAAAUACUGAGACAUAUGCAGAGGAGUCGUCCGGGGCCAUAAAGUGGGAUUAUUCCGACUUCGAGGAGGGUCCGACGUCGUAUGGUACAGGCCAAGAAAAGGAAGAGAAUGAUGAUGAAGACGCCGACGCCGAGAUUCGCGAUGCCGAUGCCGAUGGAGAUGGCGAUGCCGAUGCAGAGGUCGAGGAUGAUGAAACCGACCCAAAUGGAGAUGGCGAUGCAGAUGCAGGUGCCCAGAACGAUAACGAGACAGAGCCAGCAUCCAAGAAGCAGCGCCACAUAUCCGAAAGUGAUUCGCAACAUUCCGGCAUGCUGGACUACUUGCCACUCCACGUGACCAUCAAUGAGCCCGGCGCUCCGCACCCUCCAGCUGCCACGGUGCCGCAGCCAUGCCGCAUCACCAUCAAGCAGGUGCCGGCGCUCGUGGCGCAAAUGGCUGCACAGUCCACGCCACCAAACAUGGCUCAGGCGAAUGAGAUUACGUCCAAGGCUACCAUCACGCCCAUAGCAGCCUCCGGCAGCUGCUUCACACCAGCCACGCGUCUGCCGCAGUCGUACGCAUCCCGGCAGCCGCAGUCGUACCAGCUGCAGCAUUUCUCCACCCCUACCCCGCCGCGCGACUCCCUGGAGCUGUUUUUCGACAGCGUCUGCGCCACCGUCAAGUCGCUACCGCCAAAGCUAGCCACCGAGGGCAAGAUCCGUGUCAUGCAGUUGAUCGGAGAGCUGGAGCUUCGCGCAUUCAGCGACCAGGAAUGCUCGCUUGCCGCUCAAUCUAGUCUCGAUCUCGCCGCCAGUGCAGUGGCUACGCCUGAUACGCCCGGCAGCAGCCAGCAAAAUGCAACAGUGGCAUCCACGACAAAGUAGCGCGCCAGCGACCACACUCAACCCAUGGAAUCAGUUCAAAACAAGGCUCAAGUCGAGCAGCUGCUUGCUUUCUGGUGCUUUCAUCAGGUUACAUUUUAUAAGUUUGUUAAUCGAUUUUCAUUAAUAAAUUUAUUUAUUAAUUGUUAUUUUAA